UAGUAUUGGGCCUUAAAAAGCUGGGAGGGAGAGAUAGAAAGAAAGAAAGAAAGAUAGAGAGAAGAAGAGAGGCAGAGAAUAGGAGUCUGUUAAAAUGGCGAGAGCAGCUUGUAGCAGCGUCGUCACGGCUCUGUCUUUGCUACCGUCCAAGUCUCAUAAUCUCUUGAGAAACCAGUUCAGCUUCUCCGGAAAAUCAAACAAGUUCGUGGGAGUUUUGACUCUGGAGAAGCGAUGCUUUUCUUCCACAGUAAGCAUGAGCCUCAAAGCGGAAUCGAAUCUCAAAUGUCGUAAGUCUCUCGGCACGUCCACUCUCUUUAUUCGUCGUAAGUCUUUUUUUUUUUUGGUUGAGAAUGGAAAGGCGCAAGCAGCUAAUUUCCCCUUCUGCACCAUUGAGCCGAAUGUUGGUAUAGUGGCAGUUCCUGAUUCUCGUCUUCAAGUGCUCUCUAAGCUCAGCAACUCUCAGAAAGUGGUCCCUGCUUCCAUUGAGUUCGUGGACAUUGCUGGUCUUGUCAAGGGUGCCAGUCAAGGCGAGGGAUUAGGGAACAAGUUCUUGUCUCACAUCCGUGAAGUGGAUUCCAUCCUCCAGGUGGUCCGCUGUUUUGAGGACAACGACAUUGUUCAUGUCAAUGGCAAAGUUGAUCCCACCUCUGACAUUGAUGUCAUCAAUCUCGAGCUUAUCUUCUGCGACUUGGACCAGAUUGGUAAAAGACUCGACAGACUUAACAAAGGCAAGCCUAAGGAUUCCCAGUCCAAAGUCAAGGAGGAAGCCGAAAAAUCUGCUCUGCAAAGAAUUCAGGAAGCCCUUCUGGACGGGAAACCUGCACGCUCUGUUGCGUUAAAUGACAUCGAGAAGGACUCUGUCAAGCAUCUCUGCUUGCUUACCAUGAAGCCUAUGAUCUAUGUCGCUAAUGUUGCUGAAACCGAUCUUGCCGACCCUGACAAGAAUACUUUUCUUGAACAAGUUAAGGCUCUUUCUUCGGAUUUGCAGUCUGGUCAUGUCGUUGUUUCUGCUCAGGUUGAGUCUGAGUUAACCGAGCUUCCUCUUGAGGAGCGGACAGAAUAUUUGAACUCGCUAGGUGUCAGCGAGAGUGGCCUUGGGAACCUUAUCAGGGCCACAUACAGUCUGCUCGGUUUGCAGACCUACUUCACUUCUGGUGAAAAGGAAACAAGAGCAUGGACGAUACACGCAGGCAUGACUGCACCACAAGCUGCUGGUGUCAUUCACUCUGACUUUGAGAAGGGUUUUAUUAGAGCUGAGACUGUUGCAUAUGAAGAUUUUGUCUCUGCUGGCUCUCUUGCCGCAGCAAGAGAUAAAGGACUUUUGAGAUCAGAGGGUAAAGAGUACAUUGUUAAAGAAGGAGAUGUGAUGCUUUUCCGCUUCAACGUAUAACAGAACCCUGAGAUCUCAGUCGCUUUGUUUACAGUUUGUGUUUCUGCACCUCCUCUUUUAUAGCAUCGAAGGUUUCAUUGCUCUUGGUUUCAGUGGAUAUUUUUCUUUCAUUUUUACACUCCGAGAAAGUAAUUUGUUAUGAAGACAGAAGAUGAGAGAUGUUUCUGGAAAAUUUAUACAAUAUUCAUGUGAAUUGACACAAAUCAUAUCCCCUUUAUUAUAUGAAUCUCUUAUUUAGGUUCUU